CGCCGCAAGGGCUGAUGGGAGAAACCGGAUUCUCCACCAAUCGUUGCGCGCGGCGGGCAGCGGCGCGCCGUCGACGUGAGAACGCCGCCGGCGGAACCAGGGGCACGGCAUUCCGCAUCGCAUCCAGGCCUGCAGAUGGAUGCAGAAGGGUUUGGCGAGCUGCUGCAGCAGGCAGAGCAGCUGGCAGCCGAGACAGAAGGUAUCGCGGAGCUUCCUCACGUCGAACGCAAUCUCCAGGAGAUCCAACAGGCAGGGGAGCGCUUGCGGUCCCGGACCCUGACCCGCACUUCACAAGAAACAGCAGACGUCAAGGCAUCAGUUCUCCUUGGAUCCAGAGGGCUCGAUAUAUCCCACAUAUCUCAGCGCUUGGAAAGCUUGAGCGCUGCGACAACAUUCGAACCGCUAGAGCCUGUAAAAGACACAGAUAUACAGGGAUUCCUGAAAAAUGAAAAGGAUAAUGCUUUGCUGUCUGCCAUUGAAGAGUCCAGGAAACGGACCUUUGCCAUGGCUGAAGAAUAUCACCGAGAAUCAAUGCUGGUGGAGUGGGAACAGGUGAAGCAACGAAUCCUUCAUACGUUGCUGGCUUCUGGAGAAGACACUCUGGAUUUCACCCAGGAAAAUGAGCCGAGUUACAGCGGUGAGUUGCCUCCACCAGGUCGCAGUUCCUUGGAUAACACAGAGAUGGCAUACGCCCGACAGAUUUAUAUGUAUAACGAGAAGAUUGUGAACGGACAUCUUCAGCCUAACUUGGUAGACCUUUGUGCUACUGUGGCAGAAUUGGAUGAUAAGAACAUUGCUGACUUGUGGGCCAUGGUGAAGCAAAUGACAGAUGUUCUGCUGGUUCCCGCAAGUGACACAUUGAAAAUACGGACGAGCAUGGAGGUGCAGAUGGAGUUCGUAAGGCAGGCCUUACAAUAUCUUGAGCAAAGCUACAAGAACUAUACCUUGAUGACGGUCUUUGGAAAUUUGCACCAAGCCCAACUGGGCGGAGUACCUGGGACCUACCAGUUAGUCCGCAGUUUCUUGAACAUCAAACUCCCAGUGUCUGUUCCGGGGCUGCAGGACGGGGAAGUGGAAGGUCAUCCUGUCUGGGCCAUCAUUUACUAUUGCAUGCGAUGCGGGGACUUAAUGGCAGCCAUGCAAGUGGUCAACCUAGCUCAGCACCAGCUGGGAGAUUUCAAAACUUGGUUCCAGGAGUACAUGCACAGCAAAGACACAAGGCUUUCUCCUGCCACCGAGAACAAAGUUCGCCUCCAUUACAGACGGGCUCUGAGAAAUAACACGGACCCUUACAAAAGAGCUGUGUAUUGUAUCAUAGGCCGGUGUGAUAUUGCCGAUAACCACAGUGAAGUUGCAGAUAAAACGGAAGAUUAUCUUUGGCUGAAGCUGAAUCAAGUGUGCUUUGACGAGAACAGUUCUAGCGCACCGCAAGACAGGCUGACUUUGUCCCAGUUCCAGAAACAACUGCUUGAAGAUUACGGAGAAUCGCAUUUUACCGUGAACCAGCAGCCCUUCCUCUACUUCCAAGUCUUGUUCCUCACCGCCCAGUUCGAAGCUGCCAUUGCUUUCCUUUUCCGUACCGAACGUUUGCGUUGCCACGCCGUGCAUGUGGCUUUGGUUCUCUUUGAGCUGAAGCUGUUGCUGAAAUCGUCUGGGCAGAGCGCACAACUCUUGAGCCAUGAAGCCGGCGACCCUCCGGCCACCCGGCGUCUGAAUUUUGUCCGACUUCUGAUGCUGUACACCCGCAAGUUUGAAUCGACAGACCCCCGCGAAGCUUUGCAGUACUUCUAUUUUCUCAGGAACGAGAAGGACAGCCAAGGCGAAAACAUGUUUCUGCGUUGCGUGAGCGAGUUGGUGAUCGAGAGCCGAGAGUUUGACAUGAUUCUUGGAAAACUGGAGAACGAUGGCAGUAGAAAGCCUGGAGUUAUUGACAAGUUCACGAGAGACACCAAACCAAUUAUUAACAAAGUGGCCUCAGUGGCAGAAAGCAAAGGAUUGUUCGAAGAGGCCGCCAAACUUUACGACCUUGCCAAGAACCCCGACAAAGUCCUUGAGCUGAUGAACAAGUUGCUCAGCCCCAUCGUGUCUCAGGUCAGCGCUCCCCAAUCCAACAAGGAAAGGCUGAAGAACAUGGCACAUGCCAUUGCAGAGAGAUACAAAGCCCAAGGAAUAAGUACCAAGAAGCCGGUUGACUCAACGUUCUACCUUCUCUUAGACCUGAUCACGUUUUUUGACGAGUAUCACGCUGGCCAUAUUGAUAGGGCCUUUGAUAUCAUCGAACAGCUAAAAUUAGUCCCACUGAGUCAGGAGUACGUGGAAGAACGAGUCGCAGCCUUCAGGCAUUUCAGCGAUGAAAUCAGGCACAAUUUGUCAGAGGUCCUCCUUGCCACGAUGAAUAUCUUGUUUACCCAGUAUAAGAGGUUGAAAUGUGCCAGCCCAGCCACGCCUGCUAGGCCCACCCGGGUCAUUGAGGACCGAGAUUCGCAACUCCGAUCUCAAGCUCGGGCACUCAUCACCUUCGCCGGGAUGAUCCCCUACAGAACGUCAGGGGACACCAACGCUCGUCUAGUACAGAUGGAGGUUCUCAUGAACUAGCUGAGCGGGGAAGCCAGCUGGUGGUAGUGGUGCUUCUUUUUGUGUGCACAUUGAAAGGGUGAUGGUUACGGGCCUCCAGUUUUAAUUUUUGUUCCUUUUCUUUUCUUUUCUUUUUUUUUGUACGCCUUUUUUUUUUUCGUCAACCGCAAUAAAUUUCUUUGGAUUUACGUAUUUCGUUUUAUUGAUACCUUGUUUUACUUUGCACGUUUUUCUUACGUUCUCUCGUUUCUUUGUUUCACUUUUCAAACUCUUUUCUUCUUCUUUUGGAGGGAAAUGGGAAAGAUCUUUUAAGUUAUGACCAGAAGAAGCAUGUAUUAUGUCUUUAUCUUAUUCCAUUGAAGAUUAAUAGCCCCCUCCCACUGUGACUGUUUUGCCCCCAUUCCAGGUCAUUGACAGUUGAUAACUUGUGUGUCAAAUUCAACCCAAUGUAAUGUGCAUAAUGGUUGGGUUGGCCCAACUCUCUGGACCAGGGGUCCCCAACCUUGGCAAUUUGAAGCCUGGAGGACUUCAACUCCUAGAAUCCCCCAGCCAGCAAAGUCCUCUAGGCUUCAAGUUGCCAAGGUUGGAGACCCCUGCUCCGGACUACAUGGAAAUGGGUAAUUUAUGGAUUAAUGUGUGGUGGAGAUUCAGCAACUGCCUUAGCAUAUUUGAGGGAACCAGGCUCUUAAAAUUUUGGUCAUUUUUCUUUCCCCUGAAUGGCUCAAAAGCCCUCUGGAUAAGACUGACAUUGUGAAGAAGAUAGAAUUUUCAAUCUGUUUUUUUUGCAGAGUAUAAUUUCCACUAUGUUUACGUCCCUUUAAAAAAAAAAAAUGAAGGAAAAUUAUACUAGAUUUAUCCAUGGUCGGUUGUUGAAUUUCAGUAUGAUCCUGAGGGUGGGGAGAGUUGCGACAUUGGCCAGGGUUGCCGGGAGUGGGUGGCAACGUAAUUCAUAAUAAUAACCAUAAAUGUCAGAUUCCGUCCAAUGAAACACUUUUCCAAUCAGGUUGGGAGCAAAGCAAGCAGAACUGGAAUUAAAUAUUUAACUGGUAUAACCGUUACUAAGUUAAAAAUGCUAUUUGAUUGGUUAACGGUAAAUAAUGGGAAUCAAAUACUACUACACAUUUGGGAUAAUUAGAGAAUAAAGUUAGCUUAUAGUGCCUCCUUGCUUGUUUAAGAGAUUUGUGACUUAGACUGUAGCUUUCCUCAGUUUAUUUAUUAUUAUUUAUUAGUUUGAUUUAUAUGCCGCCCUUCUCCGGAGACUCAGGGCGGCUUACAAUGCUUUUAAGCAAUAGCCUUCAUACUUUUGUAUAUACCUGCUUAGUAGGGCUUUUCGGCCCCCCCUAAGCGGUGUUCUAUUUUAUACAAAGUCAGCUUAUUGCCCCCACAAACCGGGUCCUCAUUUUACCUACCUCGGAAGGAUGGAAGGCUGAGUCAACCUUGAGCCUGGUGAGAAUGGAACUCGCAGUAAUUGCAGGCAGCUGGCAGCUAAAUACUACUUUAACAGUAGUUUAGUCCACUGCGACACCAGGCUCUUUAUACUGCAACAAAGGCUCUUUAGACUGCAGUUUAGACUGCAACAAAGAACCAUAAUACCACUAUUAAAAGAAUCAGUAGUUUAAAAAUGGAAGUAAUGCUGAGUAUCGCUUUCCUUUAAUUGUCAUAUUAAUGAUCCCCAGAUGUAUGCCCUAUACAACAAUAUAGGGAUGUGGUUCUUAGAACAAAAGAUUAUUUCUAGGUGAACUCUUAAUUUUGAGUGAGUUUCCAUGGGCAGGAAGAAAUAAUUAGCAAAUAAAUAUAUGCCUGCAAAAAAAGGGCAAUUGCAUAGCCAUGAACUGACUUUUGGGGGGCCCUUCCAUGGAUUCCCCCCCCCACGCUUAUUUUAUCCUAUUGUCCCCCAACUGUGUGGAACCCAAUUUAAGAGAAUUUCCAGCUGGUCUGUCCAAUUCAUUUGGGGAUCAUUAGCAAGGGGGAGAUGUGUUGAAGCAUUUAUGUUGCAUCAAGAGAAAGAAGGAAAGGAAAUGCUCACGAUCGUCUCCUCCUCUCUGGAAAUUUAAGUAUUGAGAGUUUAGGAGUAUUUAUUUCGAUUAUUCACUAGUGAUUGGUUAAAAGUGAGCUAUUUGUGCAAAUGAGACCUUCCUGUUGAUGGUUCUUGGCUUUAGUACCCGAUAGUUACGUUUAUCUGUCCUCUUUCUGCUGUUUUCCCAAGAUUUAUAGGGAUGGAAGGGACCUUGGAGGUCCUCUAGUCCAACCCCAAGACCUAGAGAGAGAUCUAGCUUUAGGAAGGGAGAUUGUGCAACUGAUAAAUAAAACCACCCUAGGGAAAUGCUUGAUUGUGGGUGGAUGGGUGGGUUCCUUUUUUAAUGUGAUUUAUCCUGGAACAAGCUCAGUUCUUCAAAACCGGAUGAGAAGCCAAGAAGCUCCAAGCUGACGUCCUGGUAUUGUUGCUGCAGCUGGUGUUGUGAAUCAGGCCGACAAAAAGUGCGUCUUACUAUCCGGCUAUUUCACUACACCAGGGUCGCAUCAUACCACUUGCACAAACCGUCACCGACAUGCGGACGAUUCGCUCCAAAGACAACUUCUGAGUCCUGGAAGCAGAAUGGCCUUGACUUCCCUCCUCUUUCUGAAUCUGAAGACGUCGACGGCGUUUAAGAUCGGUCCAGAUUUUGCUGAAAACAUCAAGAAAGCUCCAUCACUUCUUCCUCCUUCAUUCAGAAGAAUAUCUCCCAAACGAGAGGAUCUCUUAACUUAGAAUGAAUUCCACAGAAAGGAUGGCUUUGCACGUCUUAGAUAAUUGGGGUGGGGAAACGGUGAGAAAGAAAAUGGAGAGGGUCUGUUUUUUUUAAAAUCAAUGCAUUUGUUUAUUUAUUAAAUUUAUUUGCCGCCCUGGUCUUAAUGAAACGAACUCUGGGCAGCUUUACAGCAUUAUAAUAUUAAAAUCCUCACACGUAAAUAUCUCUAAAACAAUAUAAGUGUAAAUCCCAAUCAAGAUAAAAUUACGUUAAAAAGAUUGUUGAUCUUUAAAAUGCACGAUUGGUUUAUGGAAUGUGGGCCAUUCGGUGGUGGAGUUUUGACGAAAAGCUACGUGGGUUUUUUGUGUUUUUUUCCUGAAAAACUCAACACCUUUUUUUUUUUUUGUGGUGGGUCAUGUUGUUUUGAAGUGUAUGACGAGGGCUUGGAAACUAGCAGGCAAAAUGGAAACGGGAUAUUUCAUGUUGCUGUAAUUGCAAAUAAAUGCGUGGAAAAUAAAGUUAUAAAACCAGAAGGAUA